AUGUCCAUUUCUGUCGAUACUAAACCUGAGUUCUAUCACCAAGCUAUCAAGCCCUCUCAUUGGAGAGAUGUCAUGUCAGCUGAGAUUGCAGCAUUAGAAAAUAAUUAUACAUGGACUAUUACUUCUUUACCUCCUGAUAAGAAUCUCAUAGGCUGCAAAUGGGUCUAUAAAAUUAAGUAUCAUGCUGAUGGCUCUAUUGAACGUUACAAGGCAAAAUUGGUUGCCAAGGAUUAUACCCAAAUAGAAGGUUUGGAUUACUCUAAAACCUUCUCUCCUGUUGCUAAAAUAGCUAUCAUUCGAACUCUUUUGGCUAUUGCUGCUGUGAAAGGUUUGCAUCUCACACAGCUUGAUGUCAAUAAUGCUUUCGUACAUGGAGAUUUAUCUGUAAAGUCUACAUAG